GAGGUACAUAGCUAGAUAUUUUAUUACUUAACUCAAAAUUAAGGUAAGCCAGGCAAAUUUUUAUUGUGUCAUGGGCAUAACUAAGCUCUUCAACCAGCGAACCUUAUUUAAAGUAGCAAUUUUAACUGGAAACAUUAAUUUAAAAAACAUUUCAGUCAUACUGUAUGAAUUAAAUGACAGUUGUGGUGCGAAUAUUCGACAUAAUCAUAGCGUUAACUCCAAUCGUCUUUCUACUUCUGCUGCUUUGCGCUGUGUUAACGAAAGUACCACUGAAAAACCUGACAAUAUCAAAAAAGUCAUAUCCAGCUGAUGAUGAGAACUCUACUCAACCUAUACUAACAAGAGAAGUGUACAUUAGCGGCUAUGAGAGACCACAUCCAGAAUUAUGUCCGAAUUUAGGUGCAAAAUUGAGCCUGCUUAUUCUUAUACCAUCAUCACCUAUAAACCGUCUAGCAAGGAACGCUAUUCGGAAGACUUGGGGACAUUACGCUUUCCGGUCAGACAUUUCGAUAGCUUUUAUCAUCGGUACUUCUUUACAACAUCUGAAACGUGAUAUAGAUGAAGAAGAUGAGCUGUAUGGUGAUAUAAUUGUUGGAAGAUUCAUCGAUACAUAUAAGAAUCUUACGCUAAAGACGCUCUCAAUUCUUGAAUGGAUAGAUGUCUACUGUCCAAAGGUACCAAAAUUGCUCAAAUGCGACGACGAUAUGUUUAUAAAUGUACCAAGAUUGUUACAAUUCAUAAAAGUGCCGUCGAGGGUAAACGCGACAAAAACAAUUUGGGGCAAUGUCGUGAAGAAAUCGCUACCAAACCGUUCGAAACGAUCUAAAUACUUCGUUUCACGUCUACAGUAUCCCGACACGGUCUUCCCUGAUUACAUGACCGGCCCAGCGUACUUGCUGACGACUGAUGUAACGAAAGACAUUUUAGCUGCUGCUCCGAAUGAGGUGUAUUUGACAGUUGAAGAUGUAUUCGUGACUGGUUUAAUCGCGAGUAAACUCGGGAUAAAACGCCAGCAUGCUCCAGAAUUCUCAACAACCAAGACUUUGCUUCCGUGCGCCGUUAAGAAACUGAUAUCCAUUCAUAUGAUGGCAUAUUAUGAACAGUUUGAUCUGUGGACGAAUUUACUUGACGGGACGAUGCAGUGUGCUGAUAAAAAUAAUAAUAUGCUUAAUUAA